GGGGGACUUUACAAAGAGGCAAAGCAAUGAGGCCACCAAGUGCUACCCUUCACUUUCUCCUGCAAAUUCUUCUUGUAUGUAUACUGCACAGACCCAGCUUUGCAGCGAAAAAGUCUUAUGUUGUGUACUUAGGAGCCCACUCACAUGGCCCAGACUUGUCUUCAUUAGACUUCAAUCGCGUGACACAGUCCCACUACGAGUUUCUGGGAUCUUUCUUGGGAAGUUCUAACUCUGCCAAAGAGUCUAUCUUUUACUCAUACACAAGGCACAUCAAUGGUUUUGCUGCAACUUUGGAAGAAAAAGUGGCUGCUGAGAUUGCUAAGCAUCCAAAGGUAUUGUCAGUGUUCGUGAAUAGUGGAAGAAAGCUACACACCACUCGAUCAUGGGGAUUCAUGGGGCUGGAGAAUAAUGGGAUGAUCCCAUCCAACUCAAUCUGGAAAAAAGCCCGAUUCGGUGAAGGUGUGAUCAUAGGAAACUUAGAUACAGGGGUUUGGCCUGAAUCAAAGAGCUUUAGUGAGGAGGGAUUGGGACCAAUUCCAUCAAAGUGGAGAGGAAUCUGUGAUAACAAACUUGAUCCUGCUUUUCGCUGCAACAGGAAACUAAUUGGGGCGAGGUACUUCAACAAAGGGUACGGAGCUGUGGCGGGUCCACUGAGGAGGUCCUUUCAGUCACCUAGAGACAAGGAGGGGCAUGGGUCCCACACAUUAUCAACGGCUGGUGGGAACAGGGUGCCCGGGGUCAGCGUGUUCGGGCAGGGCUAUGGAACGGCGAGCGGUGGCUCACCCAAAGCGCGUGUGGCAGCGUACAAGGUUUGUUGGCCCCCCAUUGGUGGUGAUGAGUGUUUCGAUGCUGACAUUUUGGCAGGUUUUGACAUGGCCAUCCAUGAUGGUGUCGACGUCUUGUCUGUGUCAUUGGGUGGCUCUGCCUCUUCCUUUUUCAAUGACAGUGUUGCCAUUGGAGCCUUCCAUGCUGCCAAACACGGCAUUCUGGUUGUUUGCUCUGCAGGUAAUGGUGGGCCUUCUGAUGCCACCGUCGAAAACCUUGCACCUUGGGUUAUAACCGUUGCUGCCAGCACCAUGGAUAGAGAGUUCCCCAGUUACGUUAUCCUUGGUAACAGGAUCAGCUUCAAGGGCGAAAGCUUAUCAGCUGGAAAACUGGCAGACAAGUUCUACCCGAUCAUUAAGGCUACAGAUGCUAAAUUGGCAAGUGCAAGAGUAGAAGAUGCGGUGCUAUGUCAAAAUGGAACUCUGGAUCCCAACAAGGUGAAGGGAAAGAUCGUUGUAUGCCUUAGAGGGAUAAAUGCAAGAAUGAACAAGGGAGAGCAAGCUUUACAAGCUGGUGCUGUGGGAAUGGUCCUUGCUAAUGACCAGAAUAGUGGGAAUGAACUUUUAGCCGAUCCUCAUGUUCUUCCUGCUACUCAUAUCAAUUUCAAUGAUGGCCUUGCUGUCUUCAAUUACAUCAACUCAACCAAGUUCCCAGUGGCAUAUAUUAAACAUCCAGUGACACAAUUGCAUACUAAGCCAGCUCCUGUGAUGGCAGCGUUUUCAUCAAAAGGACCAAAUAGCAUUGUGCCAGAGAUCUUAAAGCCGGAUAUCACUGCAGCGGGUGUGUCAGUUAUAGCGGCCUACACCGAAGCGGAGGGACCAACGAAUGAAGAGUUUGACAAGCGCAGGAUUCCAUACAACUCAGUCUCUGGCACUUCAAUGUCUUGCCCUCACAUUUCCGGCAUUGUUGGACUCUUGAGAACCCUUUAUCCUUCAUGGACUCCUGCUGCUAUUAAAUCAGCAAUCAUGACAACUGCUACAACACUAGAUAAUGAGGCAGAGUUGCUGCUAAAUGUUACUAAUGGCCUAGCAACACCAUUCAGUUAUGGGGCAGGACAUGUUCAGCCAAAUAGAGCAAUGGAUCCUGGCCUUGUUUAUGACACGACAAUAAUUGAUUACCUAAACUUCUUAUGUUCUUUAGGUUACAGUGAAACACAAAUCUCAAUGUUUACAGGUGGUCCAUAUCAAUGCCACGAGAGAUUUAGUCUCUUCAACCUAAAUUAUCCCUCAAUCACAGUACCAAAUCUCCAUGGGUCAAUAACAGUUACAAGGACAAUAAAAAAUGUUGGUUCUCCAGGAACAUACAUUGCUCAUGUUCAAAACCCAGAAGGAAUCACCGUAUCUGUGAAGCCAAACAUCUUGAAGUUCAAAGCUGUUGGUGAAGAGAUCAAGUUUAAAGUAUCCUUGAAGGUGAUGCAAGGAAAAGCAACAAAUAGCUACGUGUUUGGUAAGCUGAUAUGGUCAGAUGGUAAGCAUUUUGUUAGGAGUCCAAUAGUUGUGAAGGCCCCCUUAACUAGAAAUUGAAGACGUUGAAGCAAUUCAACUGAUUUGCAUUUUGAAUCGAUUGGUGGUGUAUUCUAAAUUAUAUCAUAUAGCUUCUAAAUUUGCAUUUCCUUAAGAGUUUUGUUACAUGGAUGAUAAUUGUGAUUCACAAGAGAAUUGGAAUAACAAUAAAAAAAAAAUCUAUAGUGGCUUU